UCUCCACCGCGCUGGAAGAACCGGACGCGUGCCCUUCUCCAAUGACCCGUGCAGUGUCACGAGCCUCCUCGCACUGGAGGAGCGAUUCGUGCUACAGAGGUUUGAGAACGAGAUGAUGUUUCAAUGGGUGGUGGUCGCCGAGAAGCCACCUGUUGGAUCAGUCGCAAAAGCUACAUGACCCUAUGAUCUUUAUAUAGCCAGAAGACUUGGUUUGACGUGCUCAUAGUUUAGAGAAGGAGCCGAGCGUCAUGUAUCCGCUGGAUGCCAAGUGCUACCGGCUGCUGUACGAGGUGGGCAGCGGCGUGAGCGCCGUGGUGUACAAGGCGACGUGCCUGCCGAUGGACUGCUCGGUGGUGGCCAUCAAGUCGAUCGAUCUGGAGCGGUCGAGGGCCAACUUGGACGACGUGCGGCGGGAGGCGAAGGCCAUGGCGCUGCUUUCCCACCCCAACGUCCUCCGCGCCCACUGCUCCUUCACGGUCGACCGCCACCUCUGGGUGGUGAUGCCCUUCAUGGCCGCCGGCUCGCUGCAGUCCAUCAUCUCCUCCUCCUUCCCCGACGGCCUCCCCGAGACGUCCAUCGCUGUCGUCCUGCGGGAGAUUCUCCACGCUCUCUCCUACCUGCACGGCCAGGGCCACAUCCACCGCGACAUCAAGGCCGGAAACAUCCUCGUCGACUCCGACGGCUCCGUCAAGCUCGCCGACUUCGGUGUCUCCGCCUCCAUCUACGAGUCGCACCCCUCCUCCUCCGUCUCCCUCUACAUGUCCUCCUCCUCCUCCUCCUUCUUCAACGACAUGGCCGGCACGCCCUACUGGAUGGCCCCCGAGGUGAUCCACUCCCACAUGGGCUACGGCAUCAAGGCCGACAUCUGGUCUUUCGGCAUCACCGCGCUCGAGCUCGCCCACGGCCGCCCGCCGCUGUCCCACCUCCCCCUCUCCAAGUCGCUCGUGAUGAAGAUCACCAACCGGUUGCGCCUCGAGGAGCACGGCAGAGACAGCACCGGCGGCAACUGCAAGAAGAAGAAGUUCUCCAAGGCGUUUAAGGACAUGGUGGCCGCCUGCCUCUGCCGAGACCCCUCCAAGAGGCCGUCGGCCGACAAGCUUCUCCGCCAUCCCUUCUUCAAGAACUGCAAGUCCACGGAUUACUUCGUCAAGAACGUGCUGCAGGCGGUGCCGGCGGUGGAGGAUAGGUGCAUAGAGCGAAGGGUAGUGGACUGCAACAGCAACGACAGGGAAGGAUCCACAUCCCCGCUCGUCAAGAGCCGUAGGGUGAGCGGGUGGAACUUCAACGAGGACGUGUUCGAGCUGGAUCCGGUCUACCCGGUGGAGAGCGACGACAAAUGUGUCCGCUUCGGGGGUGAAGAGCCCAUCGACCAGCCCACCGCUCAUCCCCACAGCCAUGUCGUGGACGACGACAAGAACGGAAACGAAGAUGAUGAGAAGGAGAACCACCACCGCCACCACCACCACUCGAGAGCGGAAGAGAAGGAGGUGGCCAAGAAGGCAAGCGAGGCGCCACUGUCGGUGUUGAAGCAGACGCUGGUGCCCAACCUGGUGUCCCUGCUGAGCAGCUUGGACCUGCAGCGGGGGAUGGUGAUGGACGUGCUCUCGCACUGCGGCUGCAAGGAGGGGCAGCAGGAGAGCCUGAGGGAGCAGCAGCUCUGGGGGUACGUGAGGAGCAUGCAGCAGACCGUGGAUGACCUAAAACUGCAGCUGCUGAGGGAGAUGAAGGUGAACGCGGAGUUGCAGGAGAGACUCGGGCCUCUCAAUAGAAAGACGAACGAGGAGACGGGACACACCAGCAGUUGACUUUACUGAGUGAGUUUUGAAGGGUCAACACCGGUGAUGCCUCCACUGCUUAUUCUCAUGUAGCACAUCUCUCUUACAGAGAUACAUGUAUUAGAUUUGACCAGUCUAAGCUAUCAUAUUAUGCUGA